AUGGAUGAAGUGCUAUCAGGUGUGGCUGAGACCAUAAAGAACUUUGCAGUGAUCUACCUUGUUGACAUCACCGAGGUUCCUGAUUUCAACACCAUGUACGAGUUGUAUGACCCGUCCACGGUGAUGUUCUUCUUCCGGAACAAGCACAUCCGGAAGGGCCGUGGUCUGGUGAUUGCUCCAAAGGAUUACUCCACCAAGUACCGUUACUAA